CAUGCUCGCAGCUCGGAUAUCGCGUGUUCUUUGCCAAAGGCUUUUUACUUCACAAAUCAGACUCCUCUACGAUGCUCUCUAUCCAGGAUAAAGUGCAACAACUACGCUCUCUCGUCCGCUUGCUUUCAGACGCAUCUGAGGAAGUCAUCCAAUCAUGGCUCAUCGACGAUGCGCUAUCCAAUUCUUUUGAGGACGACACAAAAUCUGGUUCCAUUCCAUCUCAUCGUCUCUUCGAAGCUCGGCGUACGUUGCUAGGCGCAGCUGGGAUGAUAAUUGAUAUCGUUCAAGAUCCUCAGGCUCGCCUCAUGGAGCUCGCUGCCCAGUUCUACGAGGCUCGUGCGUUGCACAUCGCCGUUCAGGCUGGAAUUCCAGAUAUCUUGGCCGAGGACAAUGAGGAGGACGGUGGUGAGAAGGGUGUUUCGUUGGAAGCACUAGCACUGGCGGGUAGGACAGGUAUAAACGCGCAAAAACUAGGAAGCGUUCUUCGCUGCCUUUGUACGGCUCACGUAUUCUCUGAAGUCUCUCCCGAUACCUUCGCGAACACCCCGACGAGCAAGUGUCUAGUCAAUAAUGAACCUCUCCAGGCAUGGAUAAGCCACACUAUGGGUGUACUAUCCUAUGAAACCUCUCGAAAACUGCCCGAAGUCGUCCUAGACCCCACCCGGACUCAUUCCCAGGCUCCUCUCGAAACUGCGUUCCAGCUCGCCUUCGAUACUCCACUGUCGAUAUGGCCGCCGUUGUAUGCAGAUUACCCUUGGGCCGAACUCGGAGAUGCAACGAUCGUCGACGUCGGAGGUGGCGUAGGGGGCAUGAGCCUCGAUCUCGCACGCAUGUACCCCCGACUCAGGUUUCUCAUCCAAGACCAGCCGGACGUCGUGACAGAAGCUCGAUUAGUAUGGCAAAAGGAGUACUCCGAAGCACUCAACGCAGGCCGCGUGCAGCUCAUGGUACACGAUUUCUUCACGGAACAACCGUUCCCAGGUGCCGAAGUCUACAUUCUACGAUACAUUCUACACGACCAGAACGACAAAAACUGCCUCAAAAUCCUCCGCGCACUCCGUCCCGCCCUGCUCAUCCAACCCGAAACCUCCCGCAUCCUCAUCUGUGACCAAAUCUUGCACACGACCUUUGGCUCUACGACAUUCCCCGCUUUGAACGCCCCUGCGCCUCUCCCUGCGAACUACGGUGAUGCGUCAAGGUUCGCGCAUAUGUGGGACUUGAGCAUAAUGGGAACAUUUACCGGGAAAGAGAGGACGGUGGAUGAGUUGAGUGUACUAGCGAAGAAGGCGGGGUUGAGGGUUGAGAAGGUUUGGGUUUGUAGGGGGUUGGUUUGGAUUACGGAGUUGAGAUUGGGGGAGGAGGUGGAUGAGGAGCUCGAGGAGGAUUUGGAGGAGGCACAGAGAGAUGUUGAGAGCGAUACGGAAGUGGAAGAGGGAUCAGAGGAAUGAUAUGGGAUUCACAUAACGGCGGCGUUGAGCAUGUAUAUCUUGGCCGAAUAUGUGAUACACAAUAG